UAGUAUUUGCAGUAGUAGAAGCCCCUCCUCUAACUGUGAGUAUAAAUAUGUGUUUGUAGUAUUUGCAGUAGUAGAAGCCCCUCCUCUAACUGUGAGUAUAAGAACGAGUGUUUGAAGGUGGAGCUGCAGCUCCGUCUCUUUACUUUCACAGAAAAACACUCGAACAGCAGCAUGUUGCCACCAAACAUAUUGAUCGUGUCAAUGGUCGUCUUUCUUGUAACGACUGUUUCUACAGCUCCUGUGGAGGAGGCGGAGCGGGAGGACGUGGAGGCCACUGACGAGGGGGAGGGGGAGCUGUCUGAGGAGGAGGAGGAUGAUGAUGACUCCAAGAGUCAAGAUAAGAGUGAGGGGCUUCUUGGCAUCCAGCAGACCACGGCAGCAGCAGCAGCCGGAGGUUCAGGUGUGAGUGUGAGACCAGGUGCGUCGUCUGACCUUCAGCAUGUCAGCAGCUCCAGCAGUCAGUCAGCGGCGGGGGGAGGAGCUAAUGAAGGAGCUGCAGGCAGCUCUGCAGGUCAUGGAGGUCAUUCCUCUUCUUCUGUGGAGUCUGCAGCAGCUGGAGGUCCGAGCAGCUCAGCAGCUUCACAGCCGACAGGUUCUGCGGGUUCUGCGGGUUCUGUGGGUUCUGCAGGUUCUGCGGGUUCUGCAGGUUCUGCGGGUUCUGCGGGUUCUGCGGGUUCUGUGGGUUCUGCGGGUUCAGCAGGUUCUGCAGGUUCUGCGGGUUCUCCAGCAGCAGCUAGAGAACUGUCUGCUGCCCAGACUCACCCUGCAGGUUCUGAUGGAGUUGACUUCGAGUCAAACGGUAAUGGACAGAAGCUGCUGAAUGGAGGAGGAGGAGCUGACGGUCAGACAGGUGUUCUGGAUUCGUUUGGGGGCGGAGUCCCUCACCUUGAUUAUCCAGGACUCAUCGAUGCGUCUGCUCAUGACUUCCUGCUCGGCCUGAUGGGUGGAGCAGAUCCGUUUGAGCCAGACACUCACAUCAACAUACCAGGUCACACAGCUCUGCCCACUCAGCUGGACUCCACAGUGAUGAAUUCAGUGACAGCAGCUCCGAAUGCAGAUCAGAACAGCGGCUCCAGUCUGGACUCACCUUCAGGAGCUCCUCUUCAGUCUGACAUCAGCAUCCAAUCAGGAGGGAAGCUCACCUCUCUGAGCUCCGGACCUGAUCAAUCACCAUCCAGCUUUGUCUCCCAUUCCAUCAUCCAGGGAGCUUCAUCAUCCUCAUUAUCGUCAUCACACAGGGACACUCACAAAGAACAGACAGGAAACGGCCGACAGACUCUGCUGACAGAAUCACACAGAGCAGUGACGGACCAACUGGUUUCUUUCAGUGAUCUUCAGACCCAGAACGUUCCAUCUGAUCUAACAGGUGGAGUAGAGUCAGUGACCGGUCUUCAAAUUGAUCCCACAGCAUCAAGUCUUGGAAUCAGUCAUGAUGUCACAGUUUCAGGUGAAUAUUCUCAUACAGACCCGGUUACAGUUGCAACAGACCCAACAGGGACAGACGCAUUUUCAGAUCCGACAGGAACUCCGCUGGACUCCAGUAAGUUCCAUUUAUUUCCACAGAAGAAGAAGAGUUUAGGUCGAACGCACCAUGAUCAUACAGCUGUGACAGAUCACACACAGAUGGCUGGUUCUGCUUGUUCUCUGCAGGUUCCGCCACUGAACAGUACAACCCAUCUGGUCAGGGUCCUGAAGUUGCAGAAAAUGUGGAACUGGAGGAUACCUGCUGACUUCCACAUCAAGCCACGAGUUCGAUUCCUGCGCUAUCGAUUCCAGUGUACCGACCAAUCAGCAUGGCCCAGGAAAUCACAGCCUUCCCACUAGUGAUAGGCCCCGCCCACUGAGUGGCAGUGGCCAUGAUGAUUUUUAAUAUUUAAAACAUGGAUUUUGUUUAUAGACAUUGUUUUAUUUUGUUGUAGAAACAGUCUGAGAGGAUCACAAACGUUUUGCGGUUCUGUUUUGAUUUAAUGACAUCAUACAGGAUGUGACAUCAUAUUCAUCCUCACUGUCAGGAUUUGUAAAAUGUGUUUUUUUUUUAAACUUCAAUAAAUGUUUUUGCAUAUUUUGAA